CGUGUUAGAAGCGACUGAACAUAUGACCGAAGGAUGAACUGUGCAGCCUUGUGACAAAUGUCCAUUUUUGACAAGGAUAUCAUAUCGGCCUGCCGGGGGGUGACUGUAAUAUCUACCUAGGCAUCACGUGACCUUCAGAUAACGCUCACCCGUACGCUGCCUGUUUGAGAUACAUGAGGAAAACGCAUCAAGGCCAAGCUCCAUCGUCUUACUGACUGCAACGUAGUUGGUGCGCAAUUGACGUCGUGCAGUCACCCAUUGGUGCGAGUGACACCGAACGAGCAACCAUGUCCCGGAAAGGAGAGGCAAGCGUCUGCGCCUCGGCUCGUCCCAAGUUCAUCAACGCCCCGGAGUCGUGCGUCGCCGACAGCCUGGCAGGCUUCGUGGCCGUCAACACGGCAGUGCGCCUGCUUCGGGGCUCCGGCGCACUAGUGCGACACGACUACGAGCAGCUGGCCGCCGACGGAAAAGUGGCGCUGCUGUCGGGAGGUGGCUCGGGACACGAGCCAGGAUUUAGCGGCUUUAUCGGAGAAGGCCUGCUGACGGCAGCUGUAGCGGGCCCCGUCUACACGUCUCCCUUCUCGGGCAACAUCCUGGGUGCCAUCAGGACAGUGGGAGGCAAGAACAAAGCUGGCAUGCUGGUUUUCGUGUGCAACUACACGGGCGACCGAUUGACCUUCGGCAUUGCCAUGGAGAAGGCCAUCACGGAGGGAAUCCGCGCCGAGAUGGUGCUCAUCGCCGAGGACACUGCACUUGCACACACCCAUCCAUCUACCGGCCGGCGAGGGCUGUGCGGUUCUGUGUUCAUGAUGAAGAUUGCGGGUGCUAUGGCCGAGGAGAAGAAAAGCCUUGAUGAGAUCAAGACGUUUGUCGAAGCGAAGAAGCAGAAUAUGGGUACCAUAACCGUAGCGCUCACGCCUUGCAGCCUUCCAGGGAAAGACGAGCUUCUGUUCAACUUGCCAGCGGGCAAGAUGGAGCUUGGAAUGGGUGUUCAUGGCGAAGCUGGGGCCCUGAGAGUUCCCGUAUUGUCCGCUGCUGAAACUGCUGAGCUCAUGAUCAACCACCUGAGAAACGAGAAGUCCAAGAAUUCUUUGCACCUCAAGGAAGGUGAGAACGUGGCCCUCAUGCUCAACAACCUCGGUGGUCUCACCACGAUGGAGAUGAACAUACUCGCCAAGGAGGUCAUCGCAUAUAUCGAGGGCCUUGACGUCCGCGUGGUGCGCGCUUACACGGGUCUUUACAUGACGUCACUGGAGAGCGCCGGCAUUUCGGUCUGCCUGCUGAAAGUCGACGAUGAUGUGCUGCGUUACCUCGAUGCACCCACAAGUGCUCCGGCAUGGACGAAGCCUUACUGCGCCUCCUUUCCGCGUACCACGCCGACGGACCUGGAGCAGGUGGCGCCGAAGCAUCGUCACGACGACGGGCGAGUCUUGACAGAAGACCAGGCUUACGUACUUGGUGCUGCCGAGAGCGCGGUUUUUCGGACGUGCCUGCAGUCGGCGUGCGAGGCACUGGUUUCUCGGGAGAAAGAGUUGGACAAGCUGGACUCAGAGAGCGGAGACGGAGACUGCGGUGCCACGCUGGCCGCCGGAGCACGCGGCGUGCUGGCGUACCUCGACACGAAGCCUCCGCUGGAGCACCCGAGCCUUGUGUUCCGCCAGCUGUCCACUACGGUCAGCUGCAGCAUGGGCGGCAGCUCGGGCGCCCUUUACAGCCUGCUACUGCUGGGCGCCUCGCGAGCCUUCCAGCUCGAAACCGGCUUCGGCGCCUGGGUGACCGCGCUGGAGCUGGGCAUAAGGCUAGUCAGCAAGUACGGCAUGGCGCACGUCGGGGACCGGACCAUGCUGGACCCCCUGGACGCGGCGCUGAUGGUGCUGAGGCGCCACACGACCAGCCGCGCGCCCGAUAACCUUGCGGAGGUGCUUCGAGAGACGCUGGACGCCGUGUCGGCCUCCGUAGCCACCACGAAGACCAUGCGCGCCAAGGCGGGCCGCGCUUCCUACGUGAACCCGGAGAUGCUCAAGAACCCGGACCCCGGAGCGCGGGCGGUCGAGAUAUGGAUGUCGCGCGCGGUUCACGUCCUCCUGGCCGGACCGGACGUUAGCGGUGCGCGGCGGCCGAAGCAAUCCUAGCCCGUGCAGUUCACUGGCACGUUCGUUUCGGAUAGUAAACAUUUGUUUUCCGUUCGCU